AUGGCUUCAAGAAAAAUUUGCUCAUGGCUUUUAUUUAUGAUUAUUACACAAACACUCGCAGAAGAUACACGAUCAGUGCAAAUGUCUUUAAUGAUCAAUUCCAAGUUUGAAUGUGCUAAUACAACUUGUUUACCAUUCAUCAAUGUGUUUACAUUAAACAUUAGGAAUUGUCAAGUAGCCUGUUUAGCUCAAAGUCAAUGCAACGCAGCCACGUUUUAUCGAUCAACUUCUAAUUGUGAAUUAUUUGCUGAUAUGUUGAAUCAAAAUGGAAAUAUGUUGGUUGAUGUCGAUACUAUUAGUAUGAAUGUUAUCAGUGGAACACGACUUCCAUCAAAGCAGGCUACGACAUCAACAUCAGCAACAUCAUCUUCAACAUCCACAGUAACAUCAUCAACAACAACAACAACAACAACAUCUACAACAACUUCAAUAACAUCAUCAUCAUCAACAACAACAACAACUUCAACAACAACAUCAUCAUCAUCAACAACAACAACAACUUCAACAACAUCAUCAUCAUCAUCGACAACAACAUCCACAACAGCAUCCACCACCACCACCACCACAACAGCAACAACAACAACAUCAUCAUCAUCAACAACAACAUUAAAAUCAUCCACAACAUUAUCACCAUCCACAACAGCAAUACCGCGAUGGACAAUCACAGGAAACCUGAAUACUGCACGAACUACGCACAUAGCAUCCACAUUAGCGAAUGGAUCAGUACUAGUUGCUGGUGGAGCCAACGGCGCUGGCAGUCUUAAUAGUGCUGAAUUUUACAAUCCGUCAACAGGCACUUGGACAAUAACAGGAAUCAUGAAUGCUCAACGAUAUUAUCACACAGCAUCCACAUUAGCGAAUGGAUUACUAUUAGUUGCUGGUGGAUACAGUGGUAGUAAUCUUAAUGGUGCUGAAUUGUACAACUCAUCAACAAGCACUUGGACAUUCACAGGAAGCAUGAAUAUCGCCAGAUUUCUUCACGUAGCAUCCACAUUAGCAAAUGGAUCAGUAUUAGUUGCUGGUGGACAGGGUAUUAAUAGUUUUCUCAAUAGUGCUGAAUUAUACAAUCCAUCAAUACGCACUUGGACAAUCACAGCAAACAUGAGUAUCGCUCGAAUCUAUCACACAGCAUCCACAUUAGCAAAUGGAUUAGUAUUAGUUGUUGGUGGAUUGGGCAUCACUAGUAAUCCUCUCACUAGUGCUGAAUUAUACGAUCCAUCAACAGGAACUUGGACAACUACAGGAAACAUGAAUGUCGGACGAGGAUAUCAAACAGCAUCCGUAUUAGCAAAUGGAAAAGUAUUAGUUGCUGGUGGAUACAACAGCAUUGGUGGUUAUCUUAAUACUGCUGAGCUUUAUUAA